AUGGCUGAAGUUACUCAAGAAGGUAUCAAAACAUCCGGUGGCAAUGCCGCCUUCCACAACUAUGUCAACGAUUUUGCCCAUAUCACCGACCCUUAUGAACGUCGCCGUCUCGCUCUCGAAAAAAUUGACAAUGCCUCCUUUGGCUGGUAUCACGUUCGCGCCAUUUGUGUCGCCGGUAUCGGUUUCAUGACUGACUCUUUUGACAUUUUCGCCAUUAAUAUUGCUACCUCCAUUUUUGUUUACGUCUACUGGGGUUACGGCACUGACCACAAGGGUAAAAUGCCUUCCUCCACUCAAACUCUCAUCAAGGUCUCCACUUCUGUCGGUACUGUCAUUGGUCAGCUUCUCUUUGGCUGGAUUGCUGAUGUCGUUGGCCGUAAGAAGAUUUACGGUGUUGAACUCAUGAUUAUUAUUGCUGCUACUAUCGGUCAAACUAUGACGGGUGAGUCAAAGGCUAUUAACUUUGUUGCUGUUUUGGUAUUCUGGCGUAUUGUCAUGGGUAUUGGUAUCGGUGGUGACUACCCUCUCUCUUCCAUUAUUACUUCUGAGUUUGCUACUACCAAGUGGAGAGGUGCUAUCAUGGCUGCUGUCUUUGCCAACCAAGGUUGGGGUCAGCUUCUCGGUGGUAUUGUUUCUGUCAUUUGCGUUGCUGGUUACAGAGAUGCUCUUGAGUAUGCUGAGGGUUACUCUGAGUGCGACCACAGAUGCCAAAAGGCAUGUGACCAGAUGUGGCGUAUUCUUAUCGGUUUUGGUGCUGUCCCUGCCAUUGCUGCUCUUUACUUUCGUCUUACCAUUCCUGAAACCCCCCGUUACACUUUUGACGUUUCCCGUGAUAUUGAAAAGGCUGCUGCCGACUCUGGCCAAUUUGUUUCAGGUGCCAUUGGUAACGCUCCUGAUGCUGAUGUAAAUGAGCUUCGCGAAACUGCUACCCACGAGGAGGAGUAUGAACCCCCUAAAGCUUCUUGGAAGGACUUCUGGGCUCACUUUGGUCAAUGGAAACACGGAAAGAUUCUCCUUGGUACUGCCGGCUCUUGGUUUUUCCUCGAUGUUGCUUACUAUGGUCUCGGUCUUAACAACUCUGUCAUUCUCGCCACUAUUGGUUACGCCGGUCAAACCAAUGUUUACAGAAACUUGCACAACAUUUCCGUCGGUAACAUUAUCAUUACCUGUGCUGGUGCCAUUCCCGGUUACUGGUUCUCUGUCGCUACUCUUGAUAUCGUUGGUCGUAAACCUGUUCAGCUGUUAGGUUUCAUUAUCUUGACUAUUUUGUUUUGCAUUAUUGGUUUUGCUUACCACAAACUUCCCAGUGGUGGUCUUUUCGCUCUUUACAUUCUCUGUCAGCUUUUCUGCAACUGGGGUCCUAACACCACCACUUUCAUUGUUCCUGGUGAGAUUUUCCCUACUCGUUACAGAUCCACUGCCCACGGUAUGUCUGCUGCUUCCGGUAAGGUUGGUGCCAUUAUUGCCCAGUGUGUCUUGGGUCCUCUGAUUAACCACAACUGUCCCAAGAAGGACAACUGUUGGCUUAACCACGUCAUGGAGAUUUUUGCUCUUUUCAUGCUUUGCGGUAUUGGUACUACUCUCCUUAUCCCUGAGACUAAGCGCCAGACUCUUGAGGAACUUUGCGAGAAGCACCAUGGUGAAAUUGAUAUUGCUAAGCAGCGGUACCAGCAAGCCCAAGCCAAUCUUGUUGCUUCUGAUGAUGGCAGCAAUGAGAAGAUGGUUUAA